AAAGUCUACCCGGGAGAAACUCACCUAAAGAAGGACGGAAAAUCAGGGAGAGAAAAUACUGUAGACUUUUAAUGCCCUGAAUUCGAGCUAGCACAAGUGGUAUAAGCUCAGAGAUAGUUUCAACAGAAAUGCCACCGAGGCGGAAAAGAAAGACCACCACAAAAGAAGAAACAAAGCUCAAGAAACAGAGAGAAGACUGUGUAACAAGUAUAAAAUCUCAAAGUUUAACUGAAGACUUAGGAAAACCCUUUUCUCUGAGGCGAUGUAGAGCAUGGUUUGAACAUUAUGCAGGUGAAGAUGAACCAGACACAAUUGGACCUGAGGGAGUUGAAAAGCUUUGUAAGGACCUUGGUGUGAAACCAGAGGAUACUGUAAUGCUUGUUAUAGCAUGGAAACUUCAGGCAGCAACAAUGGGAUUUUUUACUUUUCAUGAAUGGAGCAAAGGAAUGCUCUCAAUAGAAUGUGAUUCUACAGCUAAACUUAAAGCUCAAUUAAAUGGCCUAAAGUCAUUAACAAGGGACAGUGCAACUUUUAAAAAGAUUUACCGCUAUGCAUUUGACUUUUGUAGGAAUCAAGACCAGCGCACAUUAGACUUAGAUACUGCUGUUACAAUGAUUCAACUUUUGCUCCAUGAUUCAUGGUCGUUGCUAGAUGAUUUCUUACAAUUUUUGCAGAAUUCAAAAUAUAAAGUUUUAAACAGAGACCAAUGGUGUAAUGUGUUGGAAUUUAGUCGAUCAAUACUUCCUGAUUUGUCAAAUUAUGAUGAAGAUGGUGCCUGGCCAGUUCUUAUGGAUGAAUUUGUGGAGUGGUAUCAUCACAAAUACCCUCCUCAAUCGUCUUCAGCCUGAAAUUGUCCACUUUACAAGAAACAAUUAAUACAACUGGAAAAAACACGGCAAUUUAUUUAAACUCACAAAAAGUGGAAUGCUGUUGGUUAAAGACAGAGUUUCAUAAAAGGGCCUGCUGCUGCAAUGCUUGGCAGAUAAUGACUUGAUGUGUCUGCUUGGCUCAUGAAAAGGAGAAGGGAAAAGAAAAGAAUACCAAGAAUAUUAAAAACAAAGUGUUGAUCCAGUUUGUUUUCUACAAUAGCAAAGAAAACUGAAAAUGAAUAUAAUUUGAUAGGAAUCAUUAAAUCAAUUGGUUUGAUGGCAACUAUGGCUUGUUUGAGUUCACAUACCAACAUUUUGCAAUGCCAGCAAAUUGAAGGACUCCAUUGCUGCUAAAGUUCUAGAUACAAGAUAAAGUUUCGUUUACAAUGACAUGAAGCUCUGCCUUCAGAGCUUUAUAUUUCAGAGAGCACCUUUCAACUCUUGGAGUAUUUGCUUCCCAAUUAUUAAAUAUCAUUUAUUUUUCCAUUCAAUUUUUUGCAAUCAGUUGAGACAAUUUAACAUAAUAUCACAUCAAUAUUAGCAAGUUUGGCUUUGAAAUGCCUAUUUUUUAAACCUGACCACCUGAUGAGGAAGUAAGCAGUGGAACGAGAGAUUUAUAUGAUUGGCAUGGGCAGUGAAUGACAAGACAAUUUUCAUUUUUGAAGACUAAAAGCCCUUGUCUAAGUGAGGCUAACAAGUGUUAGUAACACUUAACUUGUUGGUUCUUAAUAUCAGGUCAGUUAAACAAGUCAACACAGAACAAUGGAGAUGCCUUACUGUUUAUUGGGAAGUCCCAAGUGUAUAAGUUGUUUGGUGUUUUUUGUUGCCUAGAACAAAAGUUUAUAAUUAAAGACCAGUUUCUAGA